AUGCCGACAGAACUAGAAGAGCUCGUCGAAUUCCUCCACCACGGCAACACGCAGAUUCGCCAGGCCGCGGCCGAGCACCUCGUCGGAUACUCGCAGGCCCACGUGCCGCUCUUCAAGCGCAACCAGCUCGAGCCCGUCAAGGACCUCAAGCUGCUCGUCAAGGACUAUGCGCCCAUUGCCAAGGACGCGCUCACCAUCCUCAUCAACGUCUCGGCCGACGGGGACGUGCUGAAGGACGUCGCCAAGGACGACGCGUUCCUCGAGCUGCUGCUGUCACGGAUCACCAACAAGAAGGAGCCCAAUGCGAACGAGAUGGCCAUGCUGCUGGCCAACAUGGCCAAGGACGACGCCCUGCAGCGUGUGCUCGAGCUGCAGCGCGACGUGCCCAAGGAGCUCUCCACGUCCAAGUGGGCCAUGGACCAGCUCAUGGACUGCUUCGUCAAGGGCGCAGAGGGCGCGUACAACAAGAACGCCGACUUCGACUACCUCUCGUACUUCUUCGCCGACCUGGCCAAGUUCGCAAAGGGCCGCGAGUACCUCACCACCCCGCAAGAGCACGACGCCAACAUCAUCCCCCUGACCAAGAUCCACGUCUUCACCGACCACAAAUCCCACAUCCGCCGUCUGGGCGUCGCCUCGACCAUCAAAAACGCCUCCUUUCACCUCCCCGCCCACCCCGUCCUGCUCUCCAACCUCGCCGAAGACCCCGCCCUCCCGCCGCCCGGCAUCGGCGCAAACCUCCUCCCCUACAUCCUCCUCCCCCUCAUGGGGCCCGAGGAGUACGCCGACGAAGACACAGAGGGCAUGCUGGACGAGCUGCAGCUCCUCGAGCCAGACAAGGAGCGCGAGCGCGACCUUGAAAUCGUGAAGUCACACCUCGAGACCCUGCUGCUGCUGACCACGACGCCCGGCGGCCGCGCGGCUCUGCGCCGCGUAAAAGUCUACCCUAUUGUCCGCGAGUGCCAUUUGCAGAUCGAGGACGAUGGGGUGCGCGAGGCUUGUGAUCGCGUCGUGCAGAUUCUCAUGCGCAAGGAGGAGGGCGAGGACGAGGACGUGCCGGAUAUGGGUGCGGCCGGUGCGAGUGCGGGGAAGCUGGUCGAGUUGAAGAGCGAGGAAGAAGAUGAGGAGGAGCAGAUGGUUGACGUUCUGUAG